GCCCCUCUCCUGCACCCUCGUGCGCUGCGCACCUCUCCCACCCCGAGCCACCUCUGCGGCGCCGUCUCUCUGCGUGUCCCACUCUCCGCGCCGCCCCUGCUCGCCUUGACGCCCUUCCUCCUCCUCACGGCCCCGACAGCUGCCGGCCGCUCCAUGGGCGCUCGCGCAUCCGUGCACCUCUGAUCUCGCCUGCACACACACACGCUCCGGCUCGCGCGCCGCGGGCACUCUGAUGCAGGCCAUGGCGGCCGCCGUGUCGCCAGCGCCGCAGCCCGAGGCCGGCAGCAGCAGCGGCGCCUCGGGCCUGGCGCGCGCCAACUCGCGCUCCGACGCCAUCGCCCGUCUGCGCCGUGCCGCCAGCCAGCGCGAGGCAAGGCGCGGCGGCGCAGGCGUAGAGUCGCCGCCGUCGGGCGAUGGGCACGGCGCUGCCAGCCAGACGGCGUCGCCCGCGCAUGCAUUCGCGCCGCAGCAGCUCAGCGACGAGCCGGACGACGCGAUGGCGAGCGCAGAGCCCGGCACCUCGGCGCUGCCACUGCAGACGUCACGCAGUGCGGUUGCCGGCGGGCUCGCGCUGCUGUCCAGGAGGCCAGGCGCCGCAGCCGGUCCUGAGUCGCCCAGCCUGGCGCCCGACGCGCAGAGCAGCUCGGCAGAUGCUGCGCCCUCCUCGCUGCGCCCACCGUCGCCGCGGCACGACCCGCCCAGUCCGGGCCUCUCCUCUGGCGGGCACGGCUCGCACCUCAAUCGCUCCGCCUCGUCGCGCUCUCCUCUGCCGUCGCUGUCGCAGCUGCGCGCUCGCAUCCUGCACGAGCGUGCCGCGCUUGGACUCGAGCGCUCCGCCUCGUCUGGCGCUGCAUCUGCUGCGGCGCGAGCGUACGCGCUCGAGAAGCUGCUGGGCGCCAGUGCGCGAGAAGGCGCCGUCUCGCCGGCGUCUGAUGGCGAGGACGAGGCGCCGCCUCCCACCGACAUCCUCGAGCGCCGCUCGCGGCGCUACUCGCGGCGGCCAGACCCCGAGACGCGACUGCUGGGCCCGCACGAAGAGCGAGGCGCACUGCGGCGCAGUCGUUCGUUCUCUCACAUCACUGUCGUCGCCGAGCGGCAGCGGCGCGAACACUUCCUGGCGGAAGAGGAGGUGCAGGAAGAGACGGACGCAGCCGAGACUACCGCGGCACCGUCGCCGGACCCCAAGCGGCAUAGCACGAUGCGCCGGAGCUCGCGGCGCUUUGCGUUGGGGCCCGCACGCUCUGCCACGGGCAGCUCUGCCGGUAUGUCCUCGCCGAUACGCAAUGGCCGCGAAGAGACGGCCGCAGUGGAGCCCGUCCCUGCUCCAGAUCCUGUGCCUGCUGCCGAGCCAGCACCGGCAGCGUCGCUGCAGCGCAAGCCCAGUGCCCGCGAGGUGGCACGCACGCAGAUGAUGCGGAAGCUGUCGGGACGCAGGGCUCCAAAUGGGAGCCAGGCUGCUGCCGAGCCAGCAUCCACCAGCAGUGCGGCGCCAGCGGCUGAAGCGCCAGUGCCGCCGCUGCCGCUGGCAGUUGAGCCGGCCGUCACAGCCAAGGCCGAGAGCGUGAGCUCUCCUGUCGCGCAGACGGUAGCCCUGCCAUCAAAGUCCGCCGAGCCCGAGACUCCAACUUCGGCCGGUCUCGCUCCGGUGAUGCUCGCCGCGUCCUCGAGCGGCGGCCUGCUCGUGCCGCCCACGCCCACUCGCUCGGGUGGGCGGUCGCCACGGACACGCCUCGGCAGCCACGCCUCCACCGCGGCAACUUCGUAUGCGCCCAGCAUCUCUGGCGCAUCUGCCAUACACGCCGGCGAGCGUGACCGAGCCUCACAACUCGACCUCGAGGAAGGUGGCGAUGCGUUCGAUCUCGAACAGGAGGAUGCGCGCAGCGUCGGCAGCGGCUGGGGCGGCGACCGCCCGCAGCAGCCGAGCUACGACGAUGAGGAGGAGGAGGACCACCUCGGCGAGGUGCUCCAGCACUACUACGGGCCCGAUGACGACGCGGCAGAGGCGGAGCGCUCGCCGCAGCCACAGCGCUCGCCACAGCCUCAACGCUCGCCGCAGCCGCACCGUGCGCUUGCGCAGGUGCCCGAGACGCCCAAUGCGCGCAGCUCGAUGGUCACGUCUGUGUGGGACAGUCCUGUGGCGAUGCUGGGCGGAUCGAAGAGCGCCAGCAUUCCGCUCGCCCUCAGUGCCGGGCACAACGGCAAGACGACGUUCGGCUCACACGAGACACCAGAGACUCCGGAGACGACUCGCGACGGCGCGGUGGGCAGCGGCUGGGUGCGCAGAGAGCUUUGGCCGGUCAGCGUCACGAGUGUGGCUACCACAACGCGGGACAGCGUCCAAGUCGAUGAGGCACGCGAUGAGCACGAUGCAGAGGACGAGGCGCGUCAGGCGACGCAAGAGCUGCAGGCCAUUGAAGACGCCUCGUCCCUCUCGCCCACCUCGCACCUGCGCUCACCGCCGACGCGGAGCCCGCUGGAGCUCGGCUCCCUCCUGACCUCGAGCUUCGUGCAGGAGUUUGGCCACCCGCUCGACUACGCCGGCUCCUCAUCGCAGUCUGCCUCGACUCUGGGCCCGGCGCUCAUGCCGCCGGAGCGCAGCAGCUCGCUCGCGGCGUCGAGAGACAGCAUGCGCUCGCGCUCGAGCGGCACUGCGUUGCCUGGACUUGGCGUCAGCGCGGCCGCAGAAGAGGCGACGCCUGCAUCUGCGCCUGCAUCGCUGGCGCGCAGACCGUCGGGCGGCGGCCUCGAGCGAGUGAUGCAGUGGGCCGGCAGCGUGGCUGAGGUGGUAGAGGGCGAACAGGCCGUGCCCAGCGGCAUGCCAGAGCACUCGCCGCUGCCCGCGCCGCCCCACUCGCUGCAUGCCAUGUCUCCUUCGGGCGGCUCGCAGCGAAGCCUGUCCAGCGACAGCCAUGCGCCCUCGUCCUUCCGCCCGACGCACACGUCGCGCAACGCUUCGACGUCUUCAUCGAUUCUCUCCGCCCCGCCGCCGCAGGCGCGGCCGACCCGCGCCAAUGUCUACCACCCGCCAGCCGCUUCCUCGGCUGAGCUCGCGACGCUGUACACGAACAACAAGCUGACGCCCUUCCCGGGUCUGUUUGGAAGCGCUGGACCGGAGAGCAGUGCCUCGCACGCUUCUCACACUUCGCACUUCUCCCACGUCUCGCGCCCCUCGACCGACGCCGCCGACUCGACCAUUCCGCCGCCGCUCGGCCUCGCAGCGGCUCGCGCUGGUGCCGGCAAGCCGAUCGUGCCGAUGCACAUCAGCGCGAGCCCCAUCACGCCGGUCGCCGUGCUGGCAUUCCAGCCAGACGACACACUGUCACCGGCGCCGAGCAGCUUGCUCGAGGAGCGCACAAUGAUUGCGUCUACCGCGACGGCAGCGGUUGGCAAGCCCAAGCUCGUUGGGCCGGGCUUCUUCUCGUCGCUUCGACGCAAGGCGUCCGGCGCUGUGCGUGGCUCGCCUGAUCCUGCAUCUGCCUCGAGCUCGCCUUCGCAUCCGUCGGGGCGCGACAGCCCUGCAUUCGCCUCGAAGCGCGGCUUCUUCGACCUGCAUCGUCGAGGCGCUUCCAAGGAUGCUGGCAGCCCCAGCAGCGCCGAGCUCAGCCCAGUGCGGCGACAGACAUCGCUAGCACGCAAGCCCAUCCCUGACAUUCAGCGGGGCGACGACGUGCCGGUGCAGGUCAUUACGCGCGCGACGCCCGAGAAGCCCGCGCCGCCGUCUGCCUGGUCGCGCAAUGCGGCACUGGACGCAGAGGGCUUGCACCGCAACGCGUCGAUGUCGUCAAUGGUCGGCUCUCGUGCGCCGUCUCGACAGGGCGCGUCCAUCGACGUCGAGCAGACGAGCUCGCUUGGCCAUGGCAGCCCCGACGUUGGGCAGCUGACGGUGGGCUCGGUCGACACUGGCCUCGCGGUGCCGUCUCCACGUGACGCUGCAGACGCCGCAGCGACGACGUCCAGCCUUGCGCCUGCCGCCGCCGCGAUGCUGCAUCGGUACAGCCACAUCUUCACGUCGCCCGUGGUGCUCGACACGAACAUCCCGGCCGUGCCGGAGCUGAGCGCCGAGCAGAUCCAGCGUCCGCCGCGAGAGCUCCUGCAUGCGUCGCCGGUGCUCCAGGUCGUGACGAACAACACGGUCAAGGACCGCUUCCUCCUGCUCUUCUCCGACAUCCUCGUCAUUGCCAAGGCCAACGCGCCGCCUGUCUCGCCCUCGAACGGCGCGUCUUCGACGCAGCUGCCGACGCUGGAGUGGAUUUUCGAUGUCAAGAAUGUCAUUGAGCUGCACGGCGCCAAGGUCACGGUCGCCUCCGACCGACGCACCCCGCCGAAGCCUCACCCGCUCAUGGCUGCCUUCGUCGAGCAGUUCCGCUCGGACCCGGAGGCGGCGCUGGACAGUAUCGUCACCCAGUCGAGCCUGCCACGAGACGCGGCUACGCUUGCGCGACUGCUUCACCAGACGCCCGACCUGGACCGCGAGCAGCUUACGCGCUACCUCUGCCGAAGCGAUCGCGAGCGUCGGGCGGUGAUGCAGGCGUACCUAGGCCUGCAGCGCUACGCGGGCGUGUCGAUCGAGUCGGCGCUGCGCUCGCUGCUGCUGCAGCUCCGCUUCCCUGCGGACGCCGAGGAGUUCGAGGCGCUGCUGGUGUCGUUCUCGCGCAAGUGGACCGAGGCGAACCGCGGCCUGAUUAAGGAGCAGUUCAGCACCGAGCUGGCGACGAACCUCGUGCUCGCCAUCAUGGCGCUCAACGAUGCGCUGUACUCGCACGAGGCAGACAAGGGCGCGCCGGGCUUCUUCAGCGACUCGAUGCCCACCCUUGGCCGGCAUGCGUUCCUGUCCGCCUUCCGCGAGCACGACGAGUCGCAGGUGCUGUCGGACCGCACGCUGCUGCGCAUCUUCUCAUCAGUGCGCUCCGACCCCAUCGCGCAGGCGCUCGCCGCCGACGAGCCGGGCCCGCGUCACGUCAUCCGCAUCGACGGUGGCGCUGGGCUGCCGUCGAAGCUCGUCUACGGCCAGACGAGCGCACCAGUCAGCUUGUCGAUCCCGGCACCCGACCCGGACUUCGCCCUGCGGCUCUACGGCCAGGACAUCGUCUUCGAACCACCCGUCUUGUCUUUCGACAAGAGCACGACGCAGACAUUCACGAUGACGAGCCGCGCCCUCGGCGCCAAGACGGCCGUCUUUGUCCGCGCGGGCCGCAACGCUCGGUACUACUUCGAGGCGACUGCCGGCUCGCUCAGCUCACUGCCUGUUUCCGCGAGCAUGACGGUGGAGCGCGCAUUCAUGCAGAACUGCUUCACCAUCACACUGCCCGGCGUCGAUGCGAGCGCCACCAAGCGCCGCUACAUGUUCAGCGUCGACGACGAGGCAAGCCGGCACGUCUGGACGCGCAAGCUCGUCAAGGCUAUCGAGCAGACCGUCGCCCGUCGCAAGCUCCUUGCCGACGAGAUCGCAGAGGAGCGCGCCUCUCGCAAGCCCAGUGCCGGCCUGGGUCCCGCAGCCACUCGCAAGGCCGCCAAUGCGCUGGCCCUGCACGUGCUGCGUGAGACGCUCAUUGCACCCGAGCAGCCCGCGCAAGCGGCCGGCGCGACGUCGCCGAAGGGCACCAAUGCCUCUCUCCAGCGCAGCGCCAGCAGCGCCGUCGCUGCAGGCCCCCGCUCUGGCUUUCCGCCGCUCGCUCGUUCGGCUGGUGCCGCGAGCAACGGCUUCGGUGCGCAGGAGGGCAGCAGCAGCCUGCAGCGUGCGCCGUCCGACUCGCGCGUCGCCUCUUCGCGCAUCACUGCCUACGGCGCCAAUGCGCCCUCUGCAAGCGCCCUGGAGCGCAACCAGUCGGUCAGCCGACACUACUACGCCGGCGCCGGCCGCACCGAGCGCGAGCUGCUGCCGUCGGGCGCCGCGUCGGCGGCGCUGCCUGCGCUGCUGGAGCGCAGCUCGAGCGGCCACGCCGAGGACACGCCGCCUCCGCCGCCGCCGCCGAAGGAGAGGCGUGGCGCUGCGCCGCCGAGCUCGCCUCUCACUCCCGUCCCGGGCGCUCCGCUGCCCGGCACCGCCAUUGUCGUGACGUGCACGCAGAACAGCCUGCUGCCGCUGCUGCUCUCGCUGCGCGCCGAGUGAGGCGCGUCCGGCGGCACACCAUCUUCCCACCUCGCGAUGCCUUUCUGCCCUCUUCUCUUCCCUGGCCACCCUCGUCACAUCAUCAUCCAUCUCGUGCAUCUCUUCUCUUCCCAACCCCAUCAUCCUGUCCCGGCCUGCCCGCACCAUUUACGCACACCUGACGACGCCCCAGACGCCUGCGCCCGCGCCUGCUGCAAUUAUGACCCUCGGCCC